GACAUAAUGGAGGUCACAGCUCUCUGCAUCGGACUGUUGACAAAUGUGUUGAUGGUUGUGGUUGCACAAGUUCACUGUCCUCCGAAAGAUGCUUUUCCUUGUAUUCUCCCAAACAGACUGCAGUUUUUUGAGUAUGAGUCCAUCAAUUUUACCUGUGAGUUUGACUGCGUGGCUGAAUGGAGCGUGAUGAGGACACUGGAGAAUAUCGUUCCAACAAACAUCUCUAACUGGGUGACAUCAGCAGGAUCUGGCACCAUCAAACCUGCCUUUUCAUCGGACAGUGGAGCGUACUGGUGUGAGGACAGAGAUGGACUAAGAAGCAAUGCUGUCAACAUCUCUGUCACUGCUGGUUUAGUGAUCCUGGAGACUCCUGUUCUGCCUGUGAUGGAGGGAGACACUGUGACUCUGAGCUGUAAAAAGAAGAAAACUCCCGAUGACCUCGCAGCUGAUUUCUACAAAGAUGGGCUCCACAUUAGGACCGAAUACAAAGGAAAAAUGACCCUCUAUAAUGUCUCUACAUCUGAUGAAGGACUCUACAAGUGUAACAUCUCUGGAGCUGGAGGAUCACCAGAGAGUCGUCUGGCUGUCAGAGGGUUUAAGAAUGUUUCAGGACCUGAAGAAAAGACGGACCCUCCCCCUGCUCAACCCACCAGUCGCCCCCAGAGUCAGCACCGAAAUUUCCACACUCUGCUGUGGAUUGUCGGCACUGUUUUACUGGUUGCCCUGCUGCUGUUGGUGCUGGGAGUACUAUAUUGUAGGAUACACAAAGGUGAAGGGAGCACCACCAGAGGUAACUGCAUUUAAAGUUAUUUGAAAUCAAAGCUGCUGCACACCUGGUAACCACACCUGGUUAAAGUGAGGUUUAAAGUUCAGUUUUAGAGAAAAGUCAUUUAUGAUGCUAGAAAAGCAAAAAAGGUGAAAGCUGAAUAAAAUUUUCUCAAUCACCAUUAUUCAAGAAUAAUGGACUUAAGGUAUUAUGCAGAACCCUUCUUAAUAAGUCAUCCAACUAGUCCAAACCCACUGAGUGCACAGUUGCCCACGUACAGUGUCACAUGGUGUGUGUUUGGGAUACAGGUCAUAGGAAAUUGCAGAUUAAAUAGUCAACUGAACCCAUUAAGAAGAGCAAUGUAUUCAGACAGAGUGUUUGUGAAUUUGAUAGUUCAAUUGCUUUAUUGAAAGUACAGUAGUACCAUUGCCAAUAGUGGGAUAGUUAGUGGGCUAAAACUGUACAUUAGUAGUUGAGGUAGCACGUUGAAAGGCAGAUAGUUAAAGUGUUUAUAUGUUGUAUUGACUUAAAAGUGGGAGCCACAGC